UUAUCUCCCUUCCUCCUACUAAUCCCCAGAGAUCUAGGAUAAAACUGGCUGAAUCUUGGUUCCUGGAAUUCCAUUUACCCUUGUCUUUCCUCUGCCCUGGGUUAGAUUGAGUGAGUAGCCAGUAGUGUGGGGUGUUCGGUAUGUUCUGGGAAGGAGAACGGGCCAGAACUAUCUUCCAAAGAAAGCCCAAGUGGCAGGGAUUGGAGGGUGAUCAGUGAAGAGUGAUCUUAUGUUCCUCUCCUCAGGCAAAGACCUUUAGAGGUCUUCUUAACUCUCUCUUCAGUCCUAGAACAAAAAAGGAUCUUUUGAAUUCCUCAGAUCAUUAGGAAAAAGAAAGAGUAUCCUGAUCCAGGAACAUAUUCCAGUGUCUUAGAAUUUUCAACCACAAUCAGGAGGAGGAAGAAAAGUCUCCUGGACACCACUCCACAAUGCUCACAGAAUCUAUGCCCAAUGACACUGCCUUCCACCCAUCUACCUUCAUCCUAUUGGGCAUCCCAGGAAUGCAGGAUCAACACAUCUGGAUCUCCAUUCCCUUCUGCUCCAUGUAUAUCCUUGCCCUCGUAGGGGGAAAAAACAUAUUUUUUCUUUAUCAUCCACUUCAGUGACCUGACUGGUGUCCUAUCAUGACUACCUUCAACUUUACCCACGAGAAGCCUUCCUACUUCAUCCUCAAAGGCAUCCCUGGAUUGGAGGAUACCCAUUUUUGGAUAUCAAUCCCCUUCUCUUCCAUGUACUUCAUCACUGUUCUGGGUAACUUCGUCAUCCUGUUCAUCAUCACCACAGAGCGCACACUGCACAAGCCCAUGUUCCUGCUCCUUUGCAUGCUGGCACUCACUGAUCUGGGCAUGUCCACUACCACCAUCCCCAAAGCGCUGUGCAUUUUCUGGUUUGGUCAAAGGGAGAUCAGCUUCGAGGGCUGUUUGAUCCAGCUGUUCUUCAUCCACUCCAUCUCCGUCAUGCAGUCUGCCAUUUUGAUGACCAUGGCUUUGGAUCGUUACGUGGCGAUCUGUGAGCCGCUGCGCUACGCCACCAUUCUCUCCAACGGCCGCAUAGGUCUCAUUGCAAUGGCCAGUUUAGUCAGAGCCGUUGCCUUUAUCCUUCCUAUGCCUGUCCUUCUUCAGCGGAUGCCAUUUUGUACAAGCCGAGUGAUCCCUACCACCUAUUGUGAACACAUGGCUGUGGUGAAAAUGGUGUGUGCAGACACCACCAUCAACCGGAUAUAUGGCCUAGUGGUGGCGCUGGUGGUCAUUGGCCUGGAUUUCUCUGCCAUUGGCUCCUCCUACGUGUUCAUCAUCCGGGCUGUGAUGCGACUCUCCUCCAAGGAGGCUCACCACAAGGCGGUCAACACCUGCACCACACACAUCUGUGUGAUGCUGACAUCAUACACACCUCCACUUUUCUCUUUCCUUGCCCAUCGCUUUGGUCGGGGCAUUCCGCCCCAUGUUCAUACCAUUCUUGGCAAUCUUUACUUCCUUGUGCCCCCUAUGCUCAACCCCAUCAUCUAUGGAGUCAAGAUUAAGGAAUUUAGGGACAAAGUAACCAAAUAUGGUUGCUGGAAAAAGGAGCCCGUUACCAAACCCCCCACUCAGAAACCUGUCUGAUGAUGGGGAGGGCAUGAAUAGUGAUCAGGGAAAGAAGACCAGGCAAAGGAAGUUUCGCUUAAGAUUUGGCUCCUGGGUAAUAAUGUAAUGUAAAAGACUAUCUCUAUGCCAACUCUUAGAAUGCUGGUCCCAAAAUCGUAUGGCCUGUUCCCUGUUACUAGAAACAUGGACUCAGAGAUCAGUCUGCUCCUUGAGGACCAUUCUGUUUUAGAUUUGGAAAAUAUUAUGGUGUUAAGAUAUCAAGGACAUUAAUGAGUAAAAAGUAAGAUGUACCAGUCAUGUAUCAAGAAUAAGAGAAAAUAGGUGGACAACCCAAGCACUUUUUAAAAUUUGAUUUAAAAAUUUUUUUUAUUUGAAAAAUUUUAUUUAAUUGAUUUAGAACACUCUUCCGUGGUUACAUGAUAAAUAUCUUUCCCUCCCCUCCUCCUGCCAAUGUACAAUUCCACUGGGUUUUACAUGUGUCAUUGAUCAAAACCUAUUUCCAUAUUAUUAAUAUGUACAUUCGAGUGAUCAUUUAUAGUCUACAUCCCCAAUCAUGUCUUUGUUGACCCAUGCGAUCAAGCAGUUGUUUUUCUUCUGUGUUUCUACUCCCACAGUUCUUUCUCUGGAAGUGGAUGGUGUUCUUUCUUAUAGGCCCCUCAGAAUUGUCCUGGAUUAUUGCAUUGAUGCUAGUAGAGUAGUUCAUUAUAUUCGAUUGUACAACAGUGUAUCCGUCUCUGUGUAUAAUGUUCUCCUGGUUCUGCUCCUUUCACUCUGCAUCAAUUCCUGGAGGUUGUUCCAGUUCACAUGGAAUUCCUCCAGUUCGUUAUUCCUUUAAGCACAAUAGUAUUCCAUCACCAACAGAUACCACAGUUUGUUCAGCCAUUCCCCAAUCAAAGGACAUCCCCACAUUUUCCGACUUUUUGCCACCACAAAGAUCAUGGCUAUAAAUAUUUUUGUACAAGUCUUUUCCUUUAUGACCUCUUUGGGGUAUAAAUCCAGCAGUGGUAUGGCUGAAUCAAAAGGCAGACAGUCUUUUAAAGCCCUUUGGAUAGCCCAAGAACUUUAACAGUAUCUCUAAGGUAUUUCUUAAAGGCUUUCACAGUCCAGUGGAUCUCUUCUAGAGGAUUUGUGUAAUAAUUUUAAAGAGAGCCACACAGUAUGGAAAGUUACAGAAAGGUGUAAUUCACACUAGAAGAGGAAGUACUGACAAAGAUGAGAUCUCAACCUUUUUUAAAAAUAAAACUUUCUUGAUUCCACUAUAUGCCUUCACUCUCCCAUCCCAGAAUUUCAUCUUUUAUAACAAAGAAUAUUUUUAAAGUAAGGAAAAGAGAAAAAAAUAAGUAAAUAAAUCAGUAAAUCCAAAGUUCUUAUCUUAAUAUCUAGGUUGCAUAGUGAAUAGAAUGUUGGGCUUAGAGUCAAUAUAACUGGGUUCAACAAAUAGUCUUCAAAAGAAGAAAUUGUUAACUACCAUGUAAAUAGUACUGUAAAUAAUUCAUGAUAUAAAUUAAAUUUAAGACACUUGAAUUUUUCUUAUACCUGAAAAAUUCACAAAAAUGAUAAAAGAUGGAAAAAGUAAGCUUAGGAGGGACUAUAGAAGACAGACACAUUAAUACACUGUUAGUAGAUCUCUGAAUUGUUGCAAUUAUUCUAGAAGAUAAUUUGAAAUUUUUUAAGUCACUAAAAUAUUUAUAACUUUUUUCCUGGAUAUGUACUCAAAAAAGGUGGGGGUGGAGUAAAAGUGGGGGGAAAGGUCCCAUAUUUUAUACACCAAAAUAUCUAUCAUAGCAAUUUUUUCUUAUGGAAGUAAAAUCUUGAAAAACAAGUUGAUACCCAUUAUUUGGGACAUAGUGGAACAAAAUGUGCUAUGUGAAUGUGAGCAAUUCAGAGAAACAUGGUAAGACUUGAUGAAGUAAUAAAAAAAUGAAGAACAAAGAAUAGGAACUUGAUCUACAUAUUUCCUCAUGUAUAAAUUUGGUCAUAGCUUUUCUUUGUUCAAAAUUCUUCAACAGGUCCCCAUUAUCUAAUCUAAUUUCUUUUGUCUUAUAUUCAAGACUCUAACUGGGCACUGAGAGUGCUGAAUUUUGUGAUAGGGAACUUGGAAUUAAAUAUUACUUUUGCAACUUUUUUUCUCUGUGGUCUUUGACAAGUUACCUUACCUCUCUGUGACUCAGUUUCCUUGUUUACUAAAUGAGAAUAUUGGACCUAGGGGCUUUUAAAGUCUCUUCUGGCCCUAAGUGUUUGAUUCUAUGAAUAAGUUUCCCUCCUAGCCUCAUCACACAUUAUUUCCCUCUAAAAUUAUGGGCUCUAGUCUGUAAACAUGUUCCACAUUUUACUAUCCACAUGUUUUUACUCAUACUGCACACUAUGCCUAGGAUCUUCUUCUCCCCUUCUCCCUCUUUUGCCUAUUGAAUUCUUAUCUAUCCUUAAACCUAACUGAAAUUCAACCCCCCACUAAAGAAACCCUCUCUCACCCACUCUUUUCCAUUAAUUAAUCAUCUCCGAGAGGCAAGAAUUACUUCUCUGCUAAUUUUUGUAUAUCCUUCACUACCUAAUCUAAUGCUUUGCAUAUAAUUCAUAUUCAAUUCAAUCUGCAUAAUAGUAAUGUGUUUUGAACUAUAAUUAUAUACAAUAAUGGAAUACACAGUUGUAUUCAAUUGAAUGCACAUGUGUAUUGAACUGAACAAUGCAUUUGUGUUCUUAUAAUGAAGUCUAUUCCGUCACUGAGUUCAUAAUGGUUACUGACCAAUAAAAUCUAAUUCAAUUAACAUUUGUUAAGCACCUACCAUGUGCCAUGUACUGUGCAAAGCACAGGGGAUACAACUAGUAAAUAGAUUUUUCCUUCUCUCAAGGAACUCAUAGUCUAAUGGGAAGAAAAAAACACAUAAAAGGAACAGAAAAAGGAAAGAGCACCAGAAGUAGGGGGCACCUGGGGUACCCAGCUAAAGGGAAUCUUGUUUGGUUGCAUUGAAACCAGGCAGAAUAGUAGAUGUGGAGCAGAGUAAGCAAAAGUCCAGUGUCUAUCCUAUAAAAGAAGCCAUUGGGAGGGAUAUAGUACUCUACUCUCCAGCCCUCCAAUCAUAGGGGAGAGGAGGUUCAGGGAGGUGGUAUCAAUUGGUCAAGACCCCUUCUACUACCCAAGUGCAGCUUGUGAAGAAUCUAUCUCCCUUAUUAGAUGAUAAGCAGCUUGGGGGCAAGGGAUGUCUAUUUGCUCUUUGUGUACCCUGGGUGUUUAACAUGCAGUGCACAGCACCAAGUAGGUGCUCAAAAUGUUUGAUUGAUUGAUUGAAUGAAUGAACAGGGCUAGACAAUUCAUGUUAAGUGAAAAAGACCUUGGUUUGGGGGGGGCUUGGGGGUGAUUCUGCUGGGAGAGGAGUUGUAUUCCAAGCAGGUACUAUCCCAAUUUACCUUCCUCAGAGGUAGAUUCCCUUAAGCCAGGAGACUGACUUGAUGAAUUACAAGUUCAUUGUGACUACAUAGUGUGAUGAGGCAGGCAAAAAAGUUCACAUAACUAAGUUUAUCAAGAGGUAGAGAUCAUCUCAUCCCACACUCUUCUGGGAAAACUACAUCUACUUUUGUGUUCAGUUCUAGGAACCAAACGUUGGAAGGAAUAUUUGUGAAGCCAAUCAUGUAGAAGAAAGGGAUAAGGAAAAGAGAAAAGCCUGCACACUGGGCCAUAUGAGAAUUUCAGUUGGACUUAGAUAAGCGAACACUUAAAGGUUAAAUGUUAGUUACUUCAAGUAUUUGAAAGACUGUCCAAGAGAGUGAUUAUUAAACUUCUUCUGCUUGUUACAGAGAGAAUUCAUAGGUUAGAUAGAGGUAAGGUGCUCUAUUCUCUCUUAAGUUCAUUUUAAGUCUGAAAAUUGAUGCUUCUCUAUGCAGAACAAUAAGAUGAAUAUCAAAAUAAUCAAAAAAUAAAAAUAAGUUCUUCCUUCUAUUCCCAAGUUUCUUUCCCUUCUAACUCCUGGAACUACUUGUCUGUAUUUCUCAAAGGUACUUGUCACAAGAAGCAGAAAUUCCAUUCAAAGUCACUCUAGAUAAUAUAAAAUACCUAGGAAUCUAUUUGCUAAAGCAAAUGCAGAAAUUAUACAAAUGCAAUUAGAAAACACUUUUCAUCCAAAUAAAGUCAAAUCUAAACAAUUGAAAAAAUAUCAAUUGCUCAUGGUUAGAUCAAACUAAUAUAAUAAAAAUUACAAUUCUAACUAAAUUCACUUAUUCAGUGCCAUAACAACCAAACUACCAAAUAAUUAUUUUAUAAAACUAGAAAAAAUAAUAAAAUUCAUCUGGAAGAACAAAAGGUCAAGAAUAUCAAGGGAACUAAUAAAAAAAAUGUGAAGGAAGGAGGCCUAAAAGUACCAGAUCUCAAACUGUACUAUAAAAUAGCAAUCAUCAAAACAAUGUGGUCCUGGCAAAGGAAUAGAAUAGUAGUUCAAUGGAGUAAAUUAGACACACAACAUACAGGGGUAAAUAACCUUGGUAACCUAGCAUUUGAUAAAUCCAAAUAUCCCAGCUUUUGGAAUAAGAAUCCACUCUUUAACAACUGUUAUGAAAAUGGGAGGAGGAGAAAGUAUGGCAGAAGCUAAGUAUAGACCAAUAUCUCAUGCCCUAUACCAAGAUAAGAUCAAAAUGGAUAUAUGACUUAGAUAUAAAGAAUGAUAUCAUAACUAAAUUAGGGGAACACAGAAUAGUUUGCCUGGAAGAUCUCUGAAAGGAAGAAGUUUUGACCAAAGGAAAUAGAGCAUAAUAUAAGAUGUAAAAUGAAUACUUUUUAUUAUAUUAAGUUAAAAAACCUUUUGUACAAAUAAAACUAAUCUAACCAAGAUUAGGAUGGAAACAACAAACUAAGGAAAAAUUUACAACAAAUGUCUCUGAUAAAGGUCUCAUUUUUCAAAUUUAUGAACACAAAAUCAAAUUCAUGAGAAUACAAGCCAUUCCCCAGUUGGAAAAUGGUCAAAGGAUAUGAACAAGCAAUUUCCAGAUAAAGAAAUCAAAGCCAUCAAUAAUCAUGUGAAAAAAGUUUUAAUAUAUCUCUUGAUUAAAGAAAUGAAAAUUAAAAUGAUACUUAGGUACCACCUCAUACCUAUCAGAUUGACUAGUAUGGCAGAAAAGAAAAUAAUAAAUACUGAAGGGGAUAUGGCAAAAUUGGGACCCUAAUGCAUUGUUGGAAUUGUGAACUGAUCCAACCAUCUGGAGGGCAAUUUGGAACCAUACCCAAAGGACAAUAAAACUGUACAUACCCUUUGAUCCAGUAAUACCACUACUAGGUCUGUAUCCCAAAGAUAAUUUAAUAAAAGGGAAAAGGACAUAUUUAUACAAAAAUAUUUGUGGCAGCUCUUUUUGUAGUGGAAAAGAAUGAAAAAUUAAGGAGAUGUCCAUCCAUUGGGGAAUGGCUGAACAAAUUGUGGUAUAUCUUGGUAAUGGAAUACUAUUGUGAAUGGAAUACUAUUGUGCUUUAAGAAAUGAUAAGCAAGAUGACUUCAGAAAAAGCUGGAAAUUUAUAAAGGAACUGAUGCAGAGUGAAAUAAGCAGAACUGGGAGAGCAUUAUACACAAAAACAAUAUUGGAUAACACAUCUGUGAAAACUUGGCUACUCUCAGCAAUGCAAUGAUCUGAGACAAUCCUGAAAGAUGGGGAAUGUUGUCCAUCUCCAGAGAAAGAACUAUUGGAAUUGUUUUUCAGAUCUAUGUAUUUGUGGUUUCAUUUUGGGGUUUUGGUUAUGUAUGACUUUGCCCUUACAACAAUAUGGAAGUAUGUUUUGCAUAACAAUAAAAUCUUAAAAAAAGAAAAAAUUUCCAAAGUAAAAAAAGGUACUUGUCACAAUCUACUUUGUGAUAUAUUUAUUUUUAUACAGGGGUAAUUUUUUCUGACACAUAAGCCAUUUUAGGGCAAUGACCAAAUAUUUGUACAUUUUUUUUAUUUCUCUUGGUAUGUAGAUAUAGAAGAAAUUAGUUUCAGGGGCAGCUGGGUAGCUGGGUUGAGAGAGAGAGAGUGGGUUGAGAGCCAAGCCUAGAGAUGGGAGGUCCUAGGUUCAAAUCUGGCCUCAGACACUUCCUAGCUGGGUAAUCCUGGGCAAGCCAUUUAACUCCCAUUGCCUAGCCCUUACCACUCUUGUGCCUGGAACCAAUGCACAGUAUUGAUUCUAAGAUGGAAGGGAAGGGGAAGGAAAGUGGAAAGCAAAGGAAAGAAAUUAAUUUCAUUCUGUAUUUAGAUUAAAAAUCUAUCAGAAAUAUUCUUUGUCAAAAGCAUUUAUAGGAUAAGCAAUUGUGGGAUGAGCUCAUUGACUACACAGAGGCAGAAUGUCCCACAGACUUACUCGAGGUUAUGAACUUCCUUUCUAGAAAUGUUGAACACAGUAUUUUGCAUCUGAUAUAAAAUAAAUUGGCAAUUGAUUGGUUUGCAUAUUAAAAUCAAGAUCAUAUAAAAGAAAAGAGAUUAGAACAGAGUAAGAAGUUUUAGAUUCAUCUUUUUAAAUGUUUGUUGUUUUCAUCUUUUCAUCUUGAUGCUAGGAAUGAAGUAAAGAAAUAAGCCUUUCCUCACUCCACAACUGAAAGACUCCAGCAGGGAAUAUUUCAUGCAUUAUCAGUCUUAGUUGACAUGCUGGUUGAUUUCAUUUAAUUAUUUUAUUUUCUCUUACAUUGUUAUGUGGGAAGGAUCUGGUGAAAGAGAGCAAUAGAAAUAUAUAUAUAUAUAUAUGAAAAUUAUUGUGAUUUUAAAAUAAAAUGUGUAUACAUAUGUAGAUGGAGAUAGUUUCUGAGAUGAUAUUUAUAUUUGUAUGGGAAUUUAUAGGAAUCAUUGUUUCUUGGAGAAAGGCAUGUAGUAUGCCUACAAGGAUUAAUGAAAUUAUAUAUUUACCAUAUUCUACACCACUAAAUUUUCUGAUUUAAACCCCAAUUAAAACCAUAAUCAAAACUAGACUUGGAAACAUGAAUUGUAAAUCAAAGGUGUGUUUAACAUCCAUUAUGAUAAAAAUAAAGUUUUCUGAUGAAGAAUUAAUAAAUAUUUAACAAAAUCUUAAUAAUUCCAUGUAAAAAUGUGACAAAUAACUGACUGAAGCAAAAAUGAAACAUACUGCAUGUUAACUUUUUAAAAAUAUGUCUGACAUUUCAAGAUUUAUUGUAUACUAAUCAUUUUAUAUUGUCCAAAUUAAUUUGAACUUUAUUCUAGCUGCUAUGCCAUUUAGUGCAUACAUAUAAUGUAAGUAUUUAUAUAAUUUUAUUAUCUAAAGUUAUAGGUAGUUUUGCUACUUGUCAUUUAAAUGUGUACAUUUUUAUUGUUUAUUUGAAAUCAUGAUUGCUACUACUGUUUUUUAAUUGAUUAAAUCAUGAUAAAUUC